AUGGGAGCCGAAGGGUUUUCCACGUUUGUCUGGGACGGUUGGAUUUUUGGCACAAUUUUUCUGCAAAAACCGUGGGGUCAACCUCAAUUCAAGUCCUACAUCGCCAUCCAGCCCAUUUGGGCCUUGGCCUUUCUCCUAGUCCAAAUCUAUUUCACGUUAGAUGCUGGCAUAAAUAUUUCAACCUUUAACGUUCAUCUUGUCAAUGACAAACUUAUUGAAUACAUAAACGCGGCGCUAUUUAUCCUGACCGGAACCACUCAUCUGCUGACACUCUUGGUCUUCGCGGUAAAUGCGAAGCUUAUCGCCACACUUCUCAACAAGUUUUAUUAUUACAAGAAAUCAGAAAACGGUCAUCUUGGCUACAACAGCAGAAUUACGUGGGGAUGCAUUUACAGCGUUAAAUUGUUCAGUAUUUUAUUGCUCGUUGGACAUGGAGCAAUUAGCACGUUUCUUAUUACAGAAAAAUUAGCUGACGCCUCGGUACUGAUCAAAUUUUUGGGACCAGUUCUUUACUUCAUUGUCGAAUUUGUCGGAUAUGUGGCCAUAGAUUCGUCCACCAUGAUCGGAUUGUUUCUAGUUACGACAACCGUCUUUCACUUGAUGGAAGAGCAUUCAGAUUUUUGUACCUCUCUUGGAGAAGAAAUCGCACUUUUGAGGAUGGGAGAUGGCGAAUCAAAGAAACGGAAUCGGAUCGAUGAGACCUUCAUGAAGGAAUACUACCUCAAGAAACUGGACGACUUGGAACAACUCUUUGCAUCUGCGGACUGUUUCCUGGGACCCUUGUGUUUGAUCACGAUCUCAGGAUCGGUCCUAUUCUUGAUUCCAUGUGCGUACGGAUUGGCUACCAUUGAAGGAUUAAACUAUAAGGAUACCGUCCUCAUCAAGGCGUCGUUGGGGUUACAGAUGGGGCUCAACAUAUGCAAGCUGACGGUACUGAGUCUUGGGCAGGUUGUGAAAAACCAGAUGAUAAAAAGAAGGAAGCAUUUGGAAGAAAUUCAAAUAUUUCAGGAAAACGAUCAAAUUGUGUUGUUUGAAUCAAGAAAAGUAGACUUUGAUCUCGUCGACGUGCUAAAGUUGUCACUUGACUUUGACUGGAGAUUAAAUGCGUGUGACUUUUUCAACGUCGACCUUCAAUUAUUGUCGGGGAUUGCAACUACUGCAACAGCGUACGUUAUAAUUUUGUUGCAAAUACAACUCUCAAUGAAGUCGUAGAUAUACAGUGCACUGUUAAUGUGUAAAGAGGAAAUGGGAGAUUAAAUUCAAAAAAAAAUGUUUAUUCAUCUUUCUGGCUGGAUAAUCAGAUUUGUUAUCUUGCACAUAUAAAUUAUUUUGUAAGUGUUACAUCACCUUUAUUUAAAGUCGUCACGUUAAUCAGCUAAAUUCAGUAAAUUAUGACAUGAAUAAAAU